CAGUAUGGCAAGAGGCAGAAACUUGUCAAUUCUGACAAGAACACGGAAAGGGAAGUUCGCAAACUGUGCACAGUAACGAAAGAUGUCGACACCUUGCGUGGAGUAAGGGACCGUAGGUCAAAAUGGCCUGGAGUUCUUCGGCAUGCAGCGGCCAAUGAGGCGCUCAGAGCAAGAGCUGGAAAGGUGGAACAAGAGGGAUGCGCCGGGUCCUUCGUCGCCAUCUGCGGGCCCUGUUGGACCAGACGAGAUCCUGCCGGUGUUCCUGUUUCCCACAGAGCUUGUGUUCUAUGCGGGCCAAAGGAGCACUCACAAGAGGGUGCUCACCCUCUACAAUCCUUACAACUUUCCACUGCGCUUCAAAAUGUUGUGCACAGCUCCAGCAUUGUACACAGUGGUGGAUGCAGAGGGCAGUGUGAGGCCUCACUCCUGUGUGGACAUAGUGGUGCGGCACCAGAAUGUGAGCACAGUCCACUUGGGCCGGAGGGACCGUUUUCGGCUUAACGUGUGGGGAGGGGGCCGCGGAGGGCUCCGCGUAGUGUGGGCUGAGCUGAGGGAGGGCCUGGAGCCCCCCCAGGAGAAAGGAGGGGUGCGCCCCGCCCCCCCUGCCCAGCCUGUCCGCGGCAUCUUACCACCAGAGCUCAACAGGCCUAAGAGAGGUGCUGGUAACCUCUCCCAGUUCAUCAUGUAUGUGGUCAUUGGGUUUGUGUGUGUUGCUGUCCUGAUGCUCCCCUUACCUCAAGAGCCCAGCCCCAUGGUUCCAACGCAUGCUCAUGUCUCUGUCAUGCAAAAACUUGUUUGUGCCUACGUUUUAGGUUUACUCACCAUGGUGUUCCUACGGUAACACUCUGAUACCUACUUAAGAGUGUGAAGGCAGCAGAGGCGGAUCAUACAGAAGACAAGGGUGGUGAACCAAACAGUUCAACGUUCUCCCUGUGCAAGUGAUGUCAGGAAUCAAAGCUGGAUCAAGUGCUUAAGUAAUGGAAUGUACAUACACUUCAGCUGUAUAUAAUACUAGAGAUAUAAAACUAGGAUGAACAUUCUUUUUAUAUGUAGAUGUGUUAACAAUAAACUUCUGUAGAAAAUACAAAUUGCAAUUAAAAACAAAAAAAAGUGUAUGUCCUUUAUUAAAACUUGGAGCCAACCAAUGCUAUACCAUAAGUCAA